CUUUUUCUGUUAAACCCGAGGUACCUGUAAAUUGUGACAGGCCACUAUCUACAUUUUGUAUUGAGGACCACUGUUGAAUAUGAAGUUGAAUAAAAUGUUUUGCAUCCGUGGAUGUUUGCAUCUUUUUUUUAAGGCGCGCGCUCCACCAGCGCAGCCUCGUUCUCACGCGGCGGCGCCCUCGUGCUUCUCUUCUCAGGGCUUUUGAUAGUGGUAGUGACGUAUGCUGCCGUAUCUCAUAUCAGCGUUACGGUGGAACAAACAAUACGUGGAGGCACACGUCCAAGCUAGGAAGGACACCGGCCGGGAGAGGAGCCACCACAACCCCAAGGACAGAUCGACCAGACUGGCGUGUACGACCGCAGCGGCGGGCGCCAACGGUCGGUCCUCCGGUUCCGGUUUCGACACCACACGGGCAUUUCUGACUGGCACGACUCAUCAUAUUAACCUGACGACCAGACCACCCUGGACAAUGCCCCUGUGAGACACAACUGACUGAGCUCUAACAAGAUUUCAACAUGUCAAACACUCAAAGAGACAACGGCUCUGCAACCUCAGCAGAGGCCAAGAAAACAGACCCAAGGAUGAAUGAGAAGAAAUGCUCGUGGGCUUCCUAUAUGACAAAUUCUCCAACAGUGAUCGUAAUGAUCGGCCUGCCUGCAAGAGGGAAGACCUACAUGUCAAAGAAACUCACCCGUUACCUCAACUGGAUAGGAGUUCCAACCAAAGUGUUUAACUUGGGCGUGUACCGCAGAGAGGCUGUCAAAGCUUACAAGUCAUAUGACUUCUUCCGCCAUGACAACGAAGAAGCCAUGAAGAUAAGGAAGCAAUGCGCUCUGGUAGCUCUGCAUGAUGUGAAGUCGUACCUGACGGAGGAGGAAGGUCAGAUCGCGGUUUUUGAUGCAACAAACACAACAAGAGAACGGAGAGACCUUAUCCAAGCUUUUGUGAAAGAGAAUGCAUUCAAGGUGUUUUUUGUGGAGUCCGUGUGUGAUGACCCAGAUGUCAUUGCUGCCAAUAUUCUGGAAGUGAAAGUGUCCAGUCCAGACUACCCUGAGAGACACAGAGAGAGAGUAAUGGAUGACUUCCUUAAACGAAUUGAAUGCUACAAGGUUACUUACCAACCGCUGGAUCCUGAUGAUUACGACAAGGAGCUGUCUUUUAUCAAAGUGAUGAAUGUGGGUCGGCGUUUUCUGGUGAACCGAGUGCAGGACUACAUCCAGAGUAAGAUUGUUUACUACCUCAUGAACAUCCAUGUGCACUCUCACUCCAUCUACCUGUGUCGGCACGGAGAGAGCAACCACAAUGUUGAAGGCCGCAUUGGAGGAGACUCUGAACUUUCUCCUCAAGGGAAACAGUUUGCCCAUGCCCUGCGAGAUUUCAUUGAGGAGCACAAACUGUCUGAUUUGAAGGUGUGGACGAGCCAGCUGAGAAGGACCAUCCAGACAGCGGAGGAGCUGGGGGUGCCCUACGAACAGUGGAAGAUACUCAACGAGAUUGAUGCUGGUGUGUGUGAGGAGAUGACCUAUGAGAUGAUCCAGAAGACGUUCCCAGAGGAAUUUGCUUUGAGAGACAAGGACAAGUACCACUAUCGCUACCCAGGAGGAGAAUCCUACCAGGAUCUCGUUCAGCGAUUGGAGCCGGUUAUCAUGGAGUUGGAGGGACAGGGUAAUGUGCUGGUCAUCUGCCACCAGGCUGUGAUGCGCUGUCUGCUAGCUUACUUCUUGGACAAAAGUGCAGAAGAUCUCCCAUACAUGAAAUGUCCACUGCACACAGUGCUCAAACUUACCCCUGUCGCAUACGGCUGUAAAGUGGAAAUGUUUUAUCUUAAUGUGGAGGCUGUCAACACACAUAGAGACCGGCCUCUUGGUAAAAUCCCGAGGGACUCUGAUCUCAUACAUCGGCGGAAUAGUUACACUCCCUUGUCCAGUCACGACCAAGUCAAGCGUCCCAGGCUCUACAGUGCGGGCAACCAGCCCUGGCUACCGCUCGCCCCCACCCCAACAGCUCUGAUGCCAGAGGGACGGCCAAGUCAACCCCGGAUAGGAAGCAGUUGUCUGAGUCCCUGUGCGAAGGAAUCGACUUUGACAGCUCAGAAGUCAAUACUGGCUGUGUCCGUUUCUGAGUGAAGCUGAAGAAAUUUUUCUUCACAGCACAAAAGUUUAUACCCAAAGAUGGAAAGAAAUUUUAUUUUGCCAAUUUUUUGGAAAUGAUAGUUAGAGUAAAUGUAGGAUGAGCAGUUUCUUAUGAAAAUGUGCUACUGAAUGUAACAGCAACAAUGUAUGCAUUAAUAUGAAAAUCAGUUUGCAGUACUGCAGAACAUGUUAUAAAGUAGACACUGUAAGAAUAUUUUUAUAAUCUAAAACACGGGUUCUCAAGUUUUUAUAACUUGAUAAUGAUAAUAAUUACUUUUAUUGGCCAAGUAUGUCACACACACACACACACACACACAAGGAGUUUGUCUCCGGUAGAGAACCGAGGUAGCCAUCUGCAGUGCCAAUUCACACACACACACACAAACACACACACACACCAAUACCAAUGGUGGUACUGACCCUGCAAGGUGUUGCUCUGGCCAUCGGGGACAACUAGGGACUCAGUGUAUUGCCCAAGGACACUUCAGCAUGUGGACUGAGGAGAACAGGAAUCAAACCCCUGACUUUCCGGUUGGGGGACAACCACUCUACCUCCUGAGCCACAGCUGCUACAGUUUAAAUGAUGUUUAUUUUGUGUGGGUUUUUUUUUGUUGUUGUUGUUUUUUAUGGCGGCGCUGUCAGUCAUUGUCAGGCCACCAGGGGCAACUAGGGGUUCAUUGUCUUGCCUGAGGACACUUCGACCUAUGGGACUGGGGACUGGGAAGAAUGGGAAUCGAACCACCAAUUUUCCAAUUGGGAGACGACCACUCUAUUCCCCUGAGCCACAGCUGCCACUUAAGGCUCAAUUUUGGUUGUAAAAAAUUUCCAAGGACCAGUUCCCAAAUAAAUGAGAAAAAAAAAAAGUACAACACAAAAUAAAUAAACUUGGCUGUAAAUAUGUGCUAUGGCCACCAGAGGCCCACUGAUUGAGAAUGGCUAAUCUAAAAGCACUUAUCUACCAUGUACCAACCAUCUGUUUAUUAUUCAUAUAAUGCAUAUCCCUAUAAUCCCAUUAUCUGUUGAUAUGUUAUAGAUUUGGUGUCGAUUUGAGAGAAUGUACUUGGUGGAUUCUGAAGGAUAUGCUGUGUCAAGUGUUUCUUCCUUGAAUUUUGAAAGCACUGUAUGUUUCGUGUCCGGUUAGAAAAUGUUGCCGGACACACUGUAUAUCAGCAGUAGACAAAGAAAUGUGUUCCUGUCACAAAACUAAUGUAUUGAGCUGGUAUUGUCUGUCAUGGUAAAGACUAAACCAUAAAUGUUCAUCUGUUGUUCUUUUUGUCUGUGUAUUCUAGGAAGGGAUUUUGUGGGGGGAAAAAAACAUGUUGAAGGUAUGUUAUGGAAGCAAAACGGCAUCAUAAUGAUUUAAAUUUAUAUCAGCAUCUGAAUAAUAGGUUUUGAAAUAUUAUACUUUGAAUUCUAUUCUGAAUUAAUGCACUCUGAAUUUUACGCAGUGAAAUUACAAGUAGAG